AGUGGGCGGCUGUGUUCCGGUUUGGGGCUGCGGCCGGGCCUGGGGUGUGUGGAGUUGAGUGGUUCGCUGGGCUUCGCCAUGGAUGUUGAUUUGAUAUGCCCUGGAUUAUAUUGUGGAAAGCAAAUAAAGGAAAUUGCAAAUGAUAGUCAGCUACAAUAUGGAGACUGUGGGGUAUGCCCAAGAGGGGAAAGAUCAGAUGCCCUGAAGAUUUGUCGUAAAUGUGAGGAAUCACCAGAGUUGUAUGACUGGCUGUAUCUUGGUUUCAUGGCAGUUCUACCUUUGCUUCUGCAUUGGUUCUUUAUCGAAUGGUACUCGGGCAAAAAGAGUUCCAGUGCACUUCUUCAGCAUGUGACUGCAUUACUAGAAUGUGCUGUUGCAGCCAUUGUCACAUUGUUGGUGAAUGAUCCAGUAGGAGAGCUGAAAAUCCGGUCCUGUCGUGUGAAGAUGCUAUCAGAUUGGUAUACAAUGCUUUAUAAUCCCAGUCCAGAUUACAUCACCACAUUGCAUUGUACACAGGAAGCUGUAUUUCCUUUAUACACUAUCGUCUUCAUAUACUAUGCUUUUUGUCUGGUUUUCAUGAUGCUGCUUCGUCCGCUCCUAGUUAAAAAGAUUGCGUGUGGUCUUGGAAAGUCAGACCGAUUUAAAAGUAUUUAUGCAGCCCUCUAUUUUUUCCCAAUUCUUACAGUACUUCAGGCAGUUGGUGGAGGCCUGCUUUAUUAUGCUUUUCCAUACAUAAUUCUAGUCUUGUCAUUGGUAACUUUGGCAGUAUACAUGUCUGCUUCAGAAAUACAGACUUACAAGGAUUUGAUCACCAAAAAGAAGAGAAUGAUUGUUCUGUUUAGUCAUUGGAUACUACAUGCCUAUGGAAUAAUCUCAAUUUCCAGACUGGAUAAACUGGACCAGGAUCUGCCACUGUUGGCCUUAGUGCCCACUCCAGCACUUUUCUAUCUUUUAACUGCUAAAUAUACAGAGCCUUCAAGGAUACUGUCAGAAGGUGGCAAUGGACAUUAAAGAUGAUGAUUGGAAAAACAACAAUAUCCUAGCAGUAAUAAAUAUAUUGUGUAGAAAUUAAUUUUAACAACUGGAGAAACAGUAAUGUAAUCACCAUACAAACUUUUUUUUAUUGCUUGUUAAGAUUGUUAUUUAUAUUCUUCACAUGAACAAAAUUGCACUAAAAGGAAAUAUUAAUAAAGUAAGCUGCAUACAUCACA